AUGGAAAGCCUUCAAGUACAGCUUGACCAAAUUGAACAAGUUUUAUUAGAGGAAUUAGCAAAAUCAGAGGGAUCUUUACUUGAGAACAACUCUCUUUUAGAAUCUCUAAAUCAGAGCAAAGAAAAGGCUGAGAAAGUUGCAAAAGGAAUAGUCGAAUCCAAACGGCUCCGUGCUGAAAUUGACUCGAAACGUGAGGCAUUCAGACCCUUUGCUGAGCGUUGUGCUCAACUUUACUUUGCCAUACGUCCAUUAAAUAGUAUCAAAUCUUGUUAUCAAUAUAGUGUAAAUGAUUGUAUUGCUUUGUUUCGAAAAUGUUUUGAUUCUAAUAAUGUAAACGAUACACGGCCUAAAACAACUACUGGGUCAGAGGAAGGAGGAAAAAGUCACUUGGAAAGGAUUUAUCGCCGUUUGAGACAAAAAUUGUUUGAAUAUAUUUCACUUUCUUUGUUCAAAGAGGACAGAUUGACUUUUGCAAUGCAAUAUUUGCACCAGGAAGCUGUUUCUGGAGGAGGGGGACAACAUUUAUUUGCCCCAAAGGAAUGGGAAUUGUUUACUGGUGUUUUACAAUUACCUUCUGAAAAUGUAGGAGAAAAUUAUAGUCAAUUAUCCCAAAUUGGAUGGCUGUCAGAUUAUCGUGAUAAAAAACAAGCAAUUGAACUUAUUCGAACACAUUUGCCUUCUCUUUUUCAGCAAAUGCAGAUUAAUGAUCAACAGGCUUGGGCUGGUUUUAUGAAAUCGACUGAAUGUGAAAAUGCAUAUCCUCCUAGUAUUAAUUCGCGUCUUAGUGAUUUUCAGAGAGUUUUGAUUAUUCAGGUGUACUUUUCUUUUAAAAUAUUUAAGGAAAUAUUAAGACUAGUUUAUGAUGAUAAUGCGGCAAAAAUGAAAUGCACAAAUCGGUGA